CGUAUCUGUUGGAUACAGUUGUUCAGUUGGCGGUGACUGCAUGUCGAAUUGCGAAUUGGAAAUUGAUAAUAUUGUGAUUGUAUGAAUAUUUACAUUACACACACAUAUAUCGAUAUACGAACAACACAGUACUACAAAGCCAUUGACCUAAAAUCACAGUGUCAAAAUUCAUAACAAACCAGAAAAGGGGAGCACCAACGGAAAUACUGUGACAUAUAUGAUUCCAACGUGUAAAUAAGGUACUAAACUAACAACUCUCAGGCAACACUAUUCUAUGCCGAAGAUAAAUAAUAAUAAUCAACGAGAGCGCCACGGUCUUUAUGAAUUGUUUUUACAAUUACGAUUAUUGCUCGGUGUCCGUGUGAAUGGACGAGAAGACGACGAAGCCGGCAAAGACUUAUCAGCAAAAUACUUCAAUUAAUGAGAUUACGGAAAAUUUGCAACUUUUUUUCGUUGUCGUUUCGAAACGAUCGUCUGUGGCAUUGUUUUGUAGACGAUAAAAAGCCAAGUUAGAUUUUGGGAAACGUUUCAACAGGUUCUAAUUAGCGGCGCUAACAACUGGAUAUGCAGUUGGUUUUCGCGACCCCAGGUGAACACUUGGACUUGCCGAUUUGUGCCAAACUGUGAAAUUAUAACGGCAAUGUGCUGAUUUGUUAAGAUUUACGCUUGUUUAGUUCGUGGUUUUCAAAGCGGAAGAAGUAUUUUAAAAAUGGUGAAAGUGAACAGACAUCUGCUGCCUAUAAAGGCGCAUUACUUUUUCUUCAUGGCCGCAAUGGGUCCUAUACUACCGCAGCUGUCGGUGUAUGGCAAGCAAUUGGGCGUUUCACCAGAUGUAAUGGGCUAUAUAACGUCGGUACUGCCGAUUAUGUAUGUGAUAGCGAAACCUAUUGUGGGCUAUGUCGCCGACUAUUUUUCGCAUUUUCGUAAAUUUAUUUUCUCUUUACUCAUUCUACUGAUGACGCUCUCUUACGCUGCUUUCUACUUUGUGCCGCCGGCAGCACCGCAUGCCAUCGACUUGGAUGUAACGGACGUUUGGAAUGUCAGUUUUGCGGCGGUAGAUUUGACGAACUGCUCCUCGGAGAUAUUAACACCUGCCGCACUUUGUUCCGCAUCACGUCCGGCGCGCUGCAGCAUCGACUCCGCCAAUUACACCGAUUUCGUUGCAUACUUUAUGGCUACAGCAACAGCGGCUGCACAGCAGUUUAACUUAUCGAGCAACGUGUGGGCACCAAGCAAGACUUAUAUGUGCCUAACUCAAGCGAAUUACAACAUUACCAGCGAUUUCGCGGAUACCAACAACAUCACAUGUCAUUUCGCGCCAGAGUUGCAAACGGACUGCAUUUAUGGGAAUUCCACCUUCUGGCUAUUUGUGGUCUUCUUGUGUCUCGGCACCAUUGGUUUCAAUGUAGUCAACUCUAUUUCGGAUGCGAUUUGCUUCGAUAUGCUUGGCGAAUCGGAGGAGGGUAAAUAUGGCGCACAACGUGUUUGGGGUACAAUCGGUUUUGGUGCGACAGCGCUGUUGGCCGGUAUUGCGGUGAAUCUUUGGACCACGGAGGCAUUGAAGAGUUUCACACCCGCGGUGAUUGUGAUGCUGAUCUUCAGCGGUUUCGACUUGCUGAGCGUCUCAAAGUUGAAACUACCGAAACUUUCGUCGUCUGAGUCCAUAUUCAAGGAUGUCUGGAAAUUGGUGAGCCAUCCAGCUAUUGCUAUAUUCCUUGUGUUCGCUACAAUCGCCGGCAUAAUCGAUUCAUUCAUCAUUUACUUUAUGUUCUGGCAUGUCGAAGAGGUGGCUGCCGAAACGGGUUUUAUGUCGCAGAUUAAGUUAAUUGAAGGCUGUGUUGUUGCCGCCGAGUGCCUUGCAGGUGAAGUGCCAUUCUUUUUCUACAGUGGUAAAAUUAUCAAGAAACUUGGCUACGUACAUUGUAUGACGAUGUGUUUCUUUUUCUACGCCUUGCGUCUCGCGCUUAUCGCUUGGAUACCAAAUCCCUGGUACUUAGUUGGAGUGGAGUUGUUCUUCCAGGGCAGCACCUAUGCGCUGUGCUACACUUGUAUUGUCGCCUACGCGUCAGCUGUGGCGCCACCGGGUACUUCUGCUACCGUACAAGGUCUCAUGGCUGGCAUGGAUGACGGUUUGGGCUUCUCCAUUGGCUCGCUGGUGGGUGGUCUGGUCUUUAAACACUUCGGUGGUCGUCGCAGCUUCUUCUAUUUCGCCAUAUUCGCAUUUACGGCAUGUGUGCUCCACAUGUUGGUGCGGCCACGUUCCCGUAAGCGCCAAUACCUACCGAAGAGUGGCUAUCAAGUACCAAAUGAGCAGGUAACACUCGGUGCUUUGGCUACAGAGCAAGAAAUUAAGGCGUGAUCAAGCAUAAGACUGUGGAAAUACAUUACAUUACUUUAGAUUUGUUAUUUGUGACAUUUGAUAAUUUACAAUUUUAAUUGUAUAGUUUAUAGAUAUUUUUAUUAAUAUGACAAUCUUAUGUUUAGUUGGAUAGGGUAAUAAAAUAAAGUUGAUUAUUUGUAAA